UGUCAGCUGACCGUAGCAGGAAGAGGGUAGUAACGACGAUUACACGCACUAUGUAAAGACUGUAGUUGUGUUUUUUUUUGUGGAAAAAAAACUUGCAUGCAAAGAAGUUGGGGAAGCAGGUAUAACGUCGACUUUAGUUUUUCCAUAUGCCCGUAUUUUUUGGAAUGAGCAAUGACGCCUUGAUCAUUUGCUUAUAAAAAGGAUGCACUGUGUCGCAGGGGGGCGCAGUGUGACGAUGGGGGUCUCUCUGGGAAGUGGGAACGCCUCCCGGGAGGAGAAGGAGUCCGUCAUCUCCCAGCGCAAAGGAUGCUCCCGAGAAGACUACCGCAGCAUUAAUCGGAGUCCACUGGAGGACGGGGACCUCAUUGAGGAGACUCUGGACUGCCCGACCUGCCAGGGCACUGGGCGAAUCCCCAGGGGGCAGGAGAACCAGCUAGUGGCACUGAUCCCCUACAGUGACCAGAGGCUGAAGCCCACUCACACUAAGCUGUACGUCACCAUGUCGGUGCUGCUGUGCAUGCUGACCUGCUCCCUGGCCCUCUUCUUCCUGUUCCCUCGGAGCAUCUUCCUCAGCCCCGUCAAGAUCCAGUCCGUCUACGUCGAGUUCAGUCCCAGCUCCGUCAACAUGAGCGUCACAAAUGUGCUAAACAUCACCAAUGACAACUACUACGGCAUCAGCUCUACCUACGUGGAUAUCCAGGCUCUGAUCUUUGAGAAGGUGGUGGGAAGAGUUCGGGUCAUCAAAAAGACACAAGUGCGGCCACGCUCCGUCAGUGAGUUCACCUACACGAUAAAUGCCAUCAUAAGCGAUGAAGGCCUGUUAAAUUACUGCAUGUCUCCAAAAUUCAACAUUCAUACCCUGUUUCUCCAUAUGCAGCUGACGAUGAAUGCCUCCUACCUGGCCCACUCGGAGCAGCUCUCCCUCGACACGUUUGAGUACGUAGACUGCGGGACCAACACCACCACCCCCCACAUGCUGGCGCCCUCCGGGGCCGGGAGUUUGUGAGGGGGGUGGGCAGGUCAGAGCAUGGCAUGGCGAUGUGGAGACUGACAUGGGCAGGAAUGCCAGCCCACAGGGGGCAGGGAGCCCAGGCGUGCCCUCUUUUCUAAACAGCAGGAUUUUAAAAGGGAUCUUUUGAGACAAAUUAAAUAUCUUUUGGCAUUCGGCAUUCGAGAUUUAUUCACAAGGGCGUUUGAUUUGUUUUUCCUGUUCCUGUCAGAGGAGAAAUUUGGUUUCAGUGGGUUGCGUGGUGAUACGUGCAUAUUUGUCCACUUUCUCUGGGAUGUGUAUGAUAGGAGUUGAUACCAGAAACAAUGUUAAAACGGCCACAGGCCGGGCUGGAGUCAACUCUGUUCACACCUAUAACACCUUACCUGAUGUUUUAAAUAUGCAUGUGAAAUGCAAUGCCAUGGAAAACAAUACAGGACGUAUUAGUAAUGCUGUUGUAUUAGUGACAAGUCCUUGUAGCACAUACUGUAUUUUGUGUUCACUUUAAUCACAUAUGUUAGAAAUCCCGUUUCACAGAUCGUUCGGGUGCUAAUUCAGCUGUUUAAAAGGGCAUCCUCUACGCUGCCUUCUUAUGUAUCCUUCCUGAGCUUUGAAGAAGUGAAACUUUGUUUCCAAGUUGCAAGUCUCAGCUGCGCAUAGCUUUUUCAGCCUCUUGCGAAUCUGCAGAUUCCAUUUUCUUUUUUCGAAACUGUACACGCCACGCUGCUCACUUCGACAUGUUGGCGAAUUCAGCUGUGGGAAGCGUGAAAGUGGGCCAGUACAGGUUCUAACGGCCAGCCUGGAGAUGAGUGUGUGCUGGGUCAGAUGGAUGAGAGUGAAACAAAUUUGCUGUUGUACAAAUAUUGUCAAGGCCCUAGAGAAAAUAAAGCAGUAAAAUUGACUUUUGGUCAUGGGGGGGUCAAAACUGGCACCAGGGGUCAUGACAUAAACCCCUAAUACCCUGACAUGGUGGAAAUGGUCGUCACUUUUGAACGGACCUGUUCGGACUCCUUGAUAUCUGGGCUGUAGUACCCAGAACAUACCACUAGAUGGUACUCGUAGUCCAAAUUGUUGGUCUGCUGUUAAACUCCAGAGUAGUUCGGGUCUUGAUGGCGCAUGGAGAAAAACAGAUACUUAAAGAGAAGAAUCUUCAUUUACGUGAAUUUAUUCCUUUGCUGAAAUCUCCAGCAGCUCUGUCCAGUGCACAGCUAUUUACAGACUGAUUAUGUUGUACGUAGCCUAAGAGUGUAAAAUGUGGUGAAUUACUCACUGCUUUGCCAAAUAGGGAAACUGUGUUCUUUUUCUUUGUGUGGGUUUCUAAACUGGUGUGUAAAUGCCCUGAUGUCCCUUGUUGGGGUGCAGAAGGACUCUGCACUUUGCUCCUUUACUCUGGAGCUCUAGUGAGUGAAUGUGAUUGUGUUUGUUAUAGGAGCCCUCACUGCUAAUUUGUUAAAAGUAUAAAGCAUUAGCACUUUUUAUUGUUUUUAUCUGUAGUUACUGAGCCAUAUUUGUCAACAUGGAGUAAUUUUUAUUUUAAUUCAGAUUUACAAAUAAACCCCAAAUUUUCUUUUC